AUGGACCCCAUGAAGGAGUGGCCCGCCCAGAGGAUCCGGCAGACCUUCCUGGAUUUCUUCGAGGGCAAGGAGCACACCGUCGUGCCGUCCUCUCCCGUGGUCCCCCACGAUGACCCAACCCUCCUCUUCGCCAACGCGGGAAUGAACCAGUUCAAGCCCUGCUUCCUGGGCACCGCCGACCCGAAGGGCCCGCUCGCGAAGCUCAAGCGCGCCACCGACACCCAGAAGUGCAUCCGCGCGGGCGGCAAGCACAACGACCUCGACGACGUCGGCAAGGACACCUACCACCACACCUUCUUCGAGAUGCUCGGGAACUGGUCCUUCGGCGACUUUUUCAAGGAGGAGGCCAUCGGGUGGGCGUGGGAGCUCCUCACGAAGGUGUACAUGCUCCCCGAGGACAGGCUCUACGCCACGUACUUUGGCGGUGAUCCCGCGCAAGGCCUUCCCCCCGACGACGAGGCCAAGGAGAUCUGGCUCAAGUACCUCCCCCCGCACAAGGUGCUCCCGUUUGACUGCAAGGACAACUUCUGGGAGAUGGGAGACGUCGGCCCGUGCGGUCCGUGCACCGAGAUCCACUACGACCGCAUCGGCGGCCGCGACGCGAGCGACCUCGUCAACAUGGACGAUCCCAACUGCCUCGAGAUCUGGAACGUCGUCUUCAUCCAGUUCAACCGCGAGGAGGGCGGCGUCCUCAAGCCCCUCCCGGCGAAGCACGUCGACACCGGCAUGGGCUUCGAGCGGCUCGCGUCCAUCCUCCAGGGUAAGAUGUCCAACUACGACACCGACGUGUUCAUGCCCAUCUUUGACGCCAUCCAGGCCGUCACCGGCGCGGAGCCCUACGCCGGUAAGCUCGGCGCCGAGGACGUCGGCGAGAAGGACAUGGCGUACCGAGUCGUCGCCGACCACGUUCGCACUUUGACCUUCGCCAUCGCCGACGGCGCGGCGCCGGGGAGCGACGGGCGGAACUACGUGCUCAGGCGCGUGCUCAGGCGCGCGGUGCGGUUCGGGCGCGAGAAGCUGGGCGCCAAGCAGGGCUUCUUCGCGACGCUCGUCAAGACGGUCGUGCAACUCUUCGGGGACGUAUUCCCGGAGAUUGUCAAGGAGGAAAAACGCGUGACGGAGAUCAUCGCCGAGGAGGAGGAAUCCUUCGGCCGCACGCUGCUCAAGGGAGUCGAGCAGUUCAAGAAGAUCGCCGCCAAGGCUAAGGAGGAGGGGCGCGACACCGUGUCCGGCGCCGAGGCGUUCCUCCUGUGGGAAUCCUUCGGGUUCCCCGUGGACCUCGUCGAGAUUAUGUGCGAAGAGAACGGCAUGAAGGUAGACAACGCCGGCUUCGAGGAGGCCUUCAAGGAGGCGCAGGAGAAAUCCCGCGCCGCCGGUAAGAAGGGCGGCGGGCGCCAGCUGCUGUUCGAGGCGGAGGCCACCGCGUGGCUCGCGAACAACGGAGUUCCGCUCACCGACGACUCGCACAAGUACGCCGCGGGCAGCGUCCCAGAGGCGACGGUGAAGGCGAUUCUCACCCUCGACGGCUUUGUCGAAUCCACCGAGAACGUCGAGGGUCCCAUCGGCCUGGUGCUCGAUAAGACCUCGUUCUACGCCGAGUCCGGCGGUCAGGUGUGCGACGUCGGCGUCAUCAAGUCCGGGUCCGCGUCCGCGACGGUGGAGGAUACCAAGGUUGCCGCCGGAUUUGUGCUUCACAGCUGCGAUUCCGUGGACGGCGCGGUGGCCGUCGGCGACGCCGUGCGUUGCCUCGUGGACUACGACCGCCGCGCGAACAUCAUGCCCAACCACACCAUGACCCACUGCCUCAACUACGCCCUCCGCCGGGUACUCGGCGACUCCGUCGACCAGAAGGGAUCCCUGGUGGACGACGAGAAGCUCCGCUUCGAUUUCAGCCACUCCAAGGCGAUGACCCCGGAUGAGAUCGAGAAGGUGGAGGCGCUCGUCCGCGAUCAGGUGAACGCCAAGCUCGCCGUGCACACCCGCGAGGUUGCGCUCGCAAAGGCCAAGGAGAUCUCCGGCCUGAGGGCGGUGUUUGGCGAGGUUUAUCCCGAUCCCGUUCGCGUCGUCUCCGUCGGCCCGUCCAUCGACGACCUCCUCGGCGCGCCCGCUUCGGAGGACUGGAAGGGAUACUCCAUCGAGUUCUGCGGAGGCACCCACCUCGCGAACACCUCCGACGCCGCCGAUUUCGUCCUCCUCUCCGAGGAGGGCAUCGCCAAGGGCGUCCGCCGCAUCGUGGGAGCCACCAAGGGCGCGGCGGCGGCGGCGAUGAAGACGGCGGCUGACCUCGCCGCGCAGGUCGCCGCCUGCGACGCCCUCUCCGGCGCCGAGCUCGAGAAGGCGAUGGCCGCGCUCAAGGGCACCGUCGACACCUCCGUGAUGCCGGCCGUGCAGCGCGCGGAGAUCCGCGACGCCAUGGCGAAGCACACCAAGCGCAUCGCCGCGGCCAUGAAGGAGGCGGCGGCGGCGGCCAAGGCUAACGCCAUCGCCGCCGUGGAGGAGCGAACGACGGAGGCGAAGGCGGCGGGCGCGUCCGUCUUUGUCGCGCAGCUUGGGGAUUUCACCGACCCGGCGGCGCUCAAGGAUGCGGCGGCGGUCGCGUUCAAGCAGGGCGUGGCGUGCGCGCUCUUCUCGAAGGACCCGAUUAAGGGCAAGGCUAUGUGCUACGUGUCCGUCCCCGAGGGCGUGAGCCUCGACGUGAAGGGCUGGCUCGCGGCGUGCUGCGGACCCAUCGGAGGCAAGGGCGGCGGCGGGAAGGGCGGGGUGGCGCAGGGUCAGGGUUCCGACGUGGACGGCCUGCCCGCGGCCGUCGACGCGGCCAAGGCUUUCGCCGGACUCUAA